UUGAAAAUCUAGGGCAGCGUGCCGCAACGCCACCCACAGCAGGCACUCACAAGACAAAGCGUUUAUACCCAAAACAAAUUACGGAAGCCUACACAGAAAAUAACACUUAUGAUCAAUCAUACCAACCUUUCACACCAUCAGCAGCUCCCGGCGCUGGUCAACAACCCCUUCAGCAAAAUCUAUAUCAACAGGCUCAAUUCUUUACGCCUGCCGGAGAUCAGAAUUUCCAAGCUACAACUCCAACUUCAAUGUAUAGCCAACAUGCACAGCCUCAACAAUCAGAAAUUUCACAAUUAAGGAAUCAAUUAAGUAACAUGAACAUUGGUGGACAAACACAGUUGCAAUUAAUUCCCACUCAAUUGAUCGGUAUUCCUCCGAAUGUCAGAGACCUGGAUGCGCCUCCACCACCAAUUAAUCUACCACCUAAUACGUCUGUAACCCCAUCGGACAAAGCAAAUUGUGAUCCAUCUUAUAAACGAUGCACCAUAAACGCCAUACCUGGAACCUCAACCCUCCUCAACAAAUCUCGUUUACCGUUUGCACUUAUUAUUACUCCUUAUAGGAGUUUGAAAGAUGGCGAUGAUGCAGUUCCGGUGAUCACAGACACAGUCAUAGCAAGAUGCCGACGGUGCAGAACAUAUAUUAAUCCUUUUGUUACUUUUGUGGAUGCCGGACAAAGAUGGAAAUGUAACAUGUGCUUCUUAAUAAACGAAGUACCCGCGCAGUUUGAUUGGGAUUUGCAGACUAAUCAACAGACAGACAGAUGGAAAC